CAGAUAUUUCGGAUGGAUGUGUUCGUUUAAUACCUAUGGAUGGAGCUAUUUUUGGUUUUGAGUAUGCCGAGCCAUUGGGUAAAGAGGAUUUUGAUCAAAUUUUGUAUCAUACGCAAUUAAGCGUUGGUGUUAUCAACACAUACAUGAGGUAUUUAUAUGACAAAUUGAUGGGUCCGCGUGGGUUGGAGCAAAGAUUCUCAUUCUUAAAUCCCAUGAAAACGAACUUAACCGAAAUGAUAAGAAAACCAGAUGAAGUCAGGACGUAUGUAGUCGAGCGCUUUAUGGCCGACACAGAUAGAGAAAAGUUGUUCUUUUUACCGUUUAAUACCGGCGACGGUGGACAUUGGUUGUUGGUCGCGAUAAAUCCUUUUAAAGAAAUUGUGUAUUAUUUGGAUUCUUUACACAUUGAUUGGACAACAUACCCUGCUAUGAAGACGAUAGUUGACACCAUUAUACAAACUGUUCGAGCACAAAGAAAAAUUCAAGUACCAAAGAGAAAAGCCAAUAACAUUACAUGGAAUAGAGUGGAGUGUCCUCGACAGCGUAAUAAUAUAGAUUGUGGAUAUUACACGUUGAGGUUUAUGAAAGAAACUCUUCUUAUGGAUCGAACAGAUAUUCCAUCUGAUUACUUUGAUGAAUAUAGAUGUGCUUAUUACUCAAAAGAUCAGUUGGAUGAAAUUAAAGAGGAAUUGUGUCAAUUCAUUAUCGAGCUACAGGUUUUGUGAGGUUAUAUAGCAUAUUUAGAAGAUAGAACUAGAAUGUGUUGAAAUACAUUUUGAUUAGCAUUUUUGGAGGUUAUUAGAAAUGUGUAGAUUUUUUGUAAAGGCAAACAUUUUCAAGUAUAUAUAUAAAUACUCAAAAAACUGCUGAAAUUAGAAGUAUAUUGUGUUGAACUAUAAUGUGUUUAUAAUGCAUAUAGAUUUUCAAGUAUAUGUGCAUAUUCAGAAGAUAGAACUACAAUGUGUUGAACUAUAAGGUGCAUAUAGAUUGGAUUCAAGCUCCAAUUUAUGAAAAUCUGCUGAAAUUUGCAAUUUACAGGUGCUAAAUAAUGUGGUGAAAACGUAUAAAAAGAUCCUCCAAAAUUUGGAGUCUUAGACAGCGCUUUUAGGCAAAAAGCGCUGGUAAAGGCAUUUUAAUUUUGACCUUAGACAGCGCUUUUAU